CAGUGGAAUAUGUGGCCUAUGGACAAUGUCAGGGGUACCAAAAUGUUUAGACCCUUUCUUAUUAACAAUUGAUCACAAGAACCCUUUAUUUAAAGGUGGAAAUUCAGGUAUUGAGAAUUUACAAAUUACACUUUAUUGUCUUAACCAAGUAAAAGGAACCGAAAGUAAUCAUGAAAUGCUUCGUUGGUUUAACAUUAUCAGAAGUAUAACUCGACCUUAAAAAAA